GAAGACUUGUAAGCAGGCAUGAUGGCCAGUCCUGAAAUCACCAGCUGGGCGCUUGCCUGAGUCAUUCUAGUUUGGUUUGGGGUAAGAGUGAUCAUUAUGAUAGCAAGCUGUGCUGAUAAUGGAGUUCACUUACAUUACAAGAGAAUCUACCAUAAAUCCUCCCUGUGUACGUCUACCUUGGUGUUAGCGAUACUCUUUUUUGGUCAUGGACACGUGUGUUAUUUCUGAAGUCGUUUUUCCUUCUGGACUCGGAUGGCAAGAUCCAAGAUUCCAAGGAAAAAGAGCAAAGACAUAAAGAUGCAGCCAAAAGGCUGUUCUCAGGAGGGCCUCUCAGCCCCUCAGAGGCCCUGUGUUAGGGUGCCUGGUGGACAAGGCGAAGAGAACUUCUCCACUGGAAAGUGUGCAACAAUGGAAUGGUACACUUAGUAUCUAAAAGAUAAGCCUUUGUUCUGAUAAAGAGAAUCAGCUUUGAAGCCACUCCAGGGUCAGGCUGCCUGACUGAGAUUCCCACGUCACUGUCCUCGAGAUGUUUGGCAAGACUACAAACAUCUCUGUCUUCCUCUCUCAAACAAUAAUACCAACUCUUUCGGGCUAACAUCGUGAAAAUUAAAUGGCAAAAAGGACUUCUGUUUCCUAAUCCAGGAUGUGAGGAGCUUAAAGAGGUCUCCACUCGAUCCUAACAAGUCAAAAGCUGGACAAACUGAAAAAUUAACAACUCUGCUCAGUCCCUCAGAAAAGUGAGGUCACAGAGCAAACCGCUGCCCCCCAUUGGAGAGAGAGGCAGACCCGGAGAAUCACAACUUACCUGAGCAGAAAUCUGUGAACAAAGCUCCAUGAAAGUCAUACCAAGGUGUGCCAUGGCUGGGUGGAGCUGCCUCGUGACGGGCGCAGGAGGCUUCCUGGGGCAGAGGAUCGUCCGCUUGUUGGUGGAGGAGAAAGAGCUGCAGGAGAUCCGGGCGCUGGACAAAGUCUUCAGACCGGAAUUGCGAGAGGAAUUUUCUAAGCUCCAGAGCCAGAGCAAGCUGACCUUGCUGGAAGGAGACAUUCUGGAUGAACAGUUCAUGAAGAGAGCCUGCCAGGGCAUCUCAGCUGUCAUUCACGCCGCGUCUGUCAUUGACGUCUUCAAUGUCAUUCCGAGAGAGACCAUCAUGAAUGUCAACCUGAAAGGUACCCAGAUCCUGCUGGAGGCCUGUGCCCAGGCCAGUGUGCCCAUCUUCAUUUACACCAGCACCAUAGAGGUGGCCGGGCCCAACUCCUACCGGGAGGUCAUCCAGAACGCCUCUGAAGACCAGCCUCUGGAAACCACGUGGUCGGCUGCAUACCCGUACAGCAAGAAGCUUGCCGAGAAGGCUGUGCUGGCCGCGAAUGGGUGGGCUCUUAAAAAUGGCGGCACCUUGUACACGUGUGCCUUAAGGCCCAUGUAUAUCUAUGGGGAAGGAAGCCCCUUCCUUUAUGGCUUUAUUGAUCACGCCCUGAAGAACAAUGGCAUCCUGCCACACAACAGCAAGUUCUCCAUCGUCAACCCAGUGUAUGUUGGCAACGUGGCCUGGGCCCACAUUCUGGCUCUGAGGGCCCUGCGGGACCCUGAGAAAGCCGCAAACAUCCAAGGACAGUUCUACUACAUCGCAGAUGACACGCCGCACCAGAGCUACGACCACCUCAACUACACUCUGAGCAAAGAAUGGGGCUUCUGUCUGGAUUCCCGGAUGAGCCUGCCUGUAUUGCCGAAGUACUGGCUGGGCUUCCUGCUGGAAAUAGUGAGCUUCCUGCUCAGUCCCAUUUACAGGUAUCAACCCCCCUUCAACCGCCACACGGUGACCUUGUUGAAUAGCGUCUUCACCUUCUCCUACAAGAAAGCUCAGCAAGAUCUGGGGUACCAGCCGCUCUUCAGCUGGGAGAAAGCCAAGCAGAAAACCAUGGAGUGGAUUGGCUCCCUGGUGGAGCGGCACAAGGAAGCCUCGAGAACCAAGACUCGCUGAGGCGGGUGACGAGGGGGUGCAUGUGGGUAUUGUGAGUGGGUGGCUGUCAGUCUCCCCUUCUGGUGCAUCCCUGUUACAAGAUGCCAUCUCGUUGUCUUCUUCCUACCACCAGUCACUGGCCCAGCGAAGCCUUCCGCCCUACCCACCCUCCAGAGGACAGACAAAGUGAUUUCCUGCAGCUGCUGGUCCCCACGUCCCAGUUGCUGAUCCUGAAACUAUUCGGGCCUCUUUUCAUUUAGGUUUCUGCCUAUUCGUUUCAUUUCCUUUGCCAAUUACAAAAUCUUUUUUAAAUUCCUAUCCCUUUACACAACUCGUGUGGAAAGAAUAAUAAAUGUUUUCGUGCCUAA